UGCAUCAUCAUGUUUAUUUAAAGAUGUUUUCUUCAGCAACUAAGCAUUAUUAAUUGGUUAAUUCCAUAAUAAAAUAUAUAAUCACAUCAUAUAAAAAAAUCCCAUUAUACAAAGAAGUGAUCGAACUAUCUCCCAAAAGAAAAGAUCUUGUUAAUAAGUUGUCUGAAAUCAAAAAAAUAAAAUUUCUCAAGAUACAUAUUCUUAUUUUUAGCACCAAAAAGAGCUCUAAAUGCAAAUGAAAUUUGAAUUUGGACUACCCAGUCAGUUCUCUGCUGAAGCUGCAAGCUUGCUUGCCUUAAUACUAUUUCUCUACUGCCUGUUUCGACGAAAACAGAAGGCGGAUACUAACGGAAAACUCCCUCAACCAUCUAGUUCAUGGCCUUUAAUUGGUCAUCUGCAUCUUCUGGGAGGACUUCCUCACAUAGCCUUGGGUAAAUUAGUAGAUAAAUAUGGUCCAAUUUUUAUGAUUAAGCUCGGUGUACAACGAGCCUUGGUCGUGAGCACAGCAGAGAUGGCAAAAGAGUGCUUAGGCGGCACCAAUGACAAAGUAUUCUUAAAUCGUCCCCAAUCAAUAUUUGUAGAACAUUUGGCUUACAAUGGUGCGAUGUUGGGGUUUAGCCAAUAUGGUCAAUAUUGGCGUGAGAUUCGUAAGAUUACCACCAUCGAGCUGCUGUCAAACCAUCGGGUGGAGAUGUUCAAAAAUGUCAGAAUCUCAGAGGUAAGAUCAGCAAUGAAGAGUAUAUCAGAUGUUAGGUCUGAAUCAACUGACAUGAAACAAUGGUUUACUGAUGUAAGUAUGAACACUAUUGUAAGAUUAAUUUCUGGCAAGUCAAUGAAGGAAUGUUACCAAGGAGAAGAAUAUGACAGGUGUGUAAAGGCAUUCAGGGACUUCUUCGAGUUGGCAGCUGCAUUCGUCCCUGCUGAUGCACUUCCCUUUCUGAGAUGGUUCGAUAUUGGUGGGUAUGAGAAAAAAAUGAAAGCCGCGGCAAAAGAGAUUGAUCAUAUAAUGCAUAACUGGUUGGAGGAGCAUAAAGAAAGAAGAGGAUCAAAAGAGGAAGAGGGGAAGCUUGAUUUCAUGAAUGUGAUGCUUGGGAUUUUCGAGACAGGACAGGAAACGCCUUCCAAAUUCGAAACUGAUACAAUCCUUAAAGCCACUUGUGCGGCAAUGAUUUUAGCGGCAGCAUACACUACAUCAGUAACCUUAACAUGGGCACUGUCACUGCUACUCAACAAUAAAGAUGUCCUGAAGAAGACUCAAGCAGAACUCGACAACGUGGUGGGCAAAGAAAGGCAGGUGGAAGAAUCAGACCUCAAGAAUUUAGUCUACUUGCAAGCAGUUCUUAAGGAGGCUAUGAGACUAUAUCCUGCUGUGCCACUUUCAGUUCCUCGAGUAGCCAUCACAGACUGCACUGUCAGCGGUUACAACGUCCCAGUUGGCACACAACUCUUUGUUAAUCUUUACAAAAUACACAGAGAUCCACAGGUUUGGGAAAACCCUUUAGAUUUUCACCAACAUAUAACCCCACAAACAAUUAAAUCAAAUAAUAUAAAGAACAGCAAAUUACAGAUAAGCUAGGAAAAAUCUUCAAAAUAUAUCAGCAACCAAGUAUAUAUGAUAUUUCUUGCUAUGUGGUUGUUAAUGCACAUUUUUGUUAAAGACUGAAAAAAACUAUUGACAACCAAAAUCUAAAUUCAGAGUUUCAGACAACUAACCAAAUAGAAAUAAGCUCUGAAUGGAGUUUCACAACCCCAUCAAGUUCUCGGUUGAAGCCGCCACAGGCGUGCUUGCGUUCAUACUAGUCCUUUACUGUCUAGUAAGAUGGAAAUGCAACGAUAACAAUACCAAAUUUGAUCCACCUGAACCAUCAGGUUCAUGGCCUAUUAUUGGCCAUUUACUACUUUUAGGAAAACUUCCUCAUGUAACCUUGGGAAAGUUAGCUGACAAAUAUGGUCCAAUCUUUAUGAUCAAGCUCGGUUUCACACGAGCCUUGGUUGUGAGUUCAGCAGAGACGGCUAAAGAGUGCUUAGGUACGAAUGACAAAGUAUUCUUAAGCCGGCCUCAGAAGAUCUUUGUUGAACUCAUGAGUUACAAAUCGGCUAUAUGGGGUAUGAGCUCAUAUGGCCAGUACUGGCGUGAGAUGCGUAAGAUCACCACCAUCGAGAUCUAAUCCAAUCAUCGGAUUGAGAUGUUCAAAGAUGUCAGAAUAUCUGUAAUACAAUCAGCCUUAAAAGUCCUCUUCGAUGAUUGUAGGAUCAAGGGAAGUUCGUUAGUUGAAAUGAAUCUAUGGUUGAACGACAUAAGCUUGAACAUUAUGGUAAGACUGAUUUCGGGGAAGUUGUUGAAGGAAUUCUACCAAGCUGAGAAAUGCAAUGAGUGUAGUCAGGCAUUCAGGGAUUUCUUCGAAUUGGCGGGUGCAUUUGUUCCUGCUGAUGCACUUCCCUUUCUAAGAAGGUUUGAUAU